AUGAAUUCAAGACUAAUAGUCCUGGGCUCGAAGCUCGCCUACCGAAGUUCACCACGGAUGUUCACAACCUCGGCUGCGAGGUUAAGCACAAGCAAGGAUGAAGGAUUUCCCGAUCCGUUGGACUUGGCCACUGGUAUUGAAAAAAAAGAAAUGCUUUUGCGUUUAGCUGGAAAUGAUGACCCGUACAAUUUAAAAUCUAUUAAGCCGAGGUGUAGGCACCAAGAAACACCAAAUGAAAUUCCAUCUGCCUUUGAAGCUAGAAUUGUUGGUUGUGUAUGCGAAGAAGACUCAUCACACGUUAAAUUGGAUGGGUUACACUCAGGCGAGCCAAAACGUUGCUUCUGUGGACAUUGGUUCAAAUUAGUUUACAAGGAAGCACUUGUAUAG